AUGAGUAACUACAGGUCUCGCUCAUUCCUUUGGGAAAUGAUCUUUCGCAAGUUGUUUCCAAAGCGCAGGUCUCUUUCAAGAUCAACUGGUUCUGAGACAAGCUGGUGUGGUGUUGAGCCCUCUACAAUUGAUGACCAUAAGGACGGAUUUUACAAAUACUCACAGGAAAUACUGGAGCAAGAGAGGCGCGAAGAGAUGAGACUACGAUCAUCAAACAGUACCGAUGUUUCGUACGCAUCGGCACUCAUGGGACCGACGGACAGACCUGCGCUUCCUUACACCGUGAGCUCGCCCGAUUGGAAUAUAUUCUCGUCUUUUGUCAAAUCCCUGGAGGGGAUCGAUGCGGAAGCCUCCCGCGAGAUCCUCAGCAGCGUUCUUUUGGUUUGGUCCAGGGUCUACUCAGUUUCCAAAGUUGUUGUGAUGGCCUUCAUGCAUUACGGCGUGGAACUUGAUAAUACCCCAGACAGCAUAUUGGCUCAUAUCAAACGUGCUGAGGAACUCGUUACCUCCAACUCGAUCGCUGACCUUAUUGACAACACAGAGAGCUUGUACUACGUUCUAUAUGCCCGGCUCAUCAUGGAGAUUGCCGCUGCCAAUCUAUGUGCUUCAUUUACCCUAGAAUUCCGCCGCCUGGCGAUCAAAAGCGGUUCUUUCAUUCUUCCUGAGCCUGGCCAGCUGUGCAAAAUGCUCUACAUCUUCAAGCAGACCUUGGAUGAGCCUAACGUUUGUGUUAACCUCAACAGAGAACUUGUCACAGAACACCAGAAGGACUAUAUCCGUCGUUCUGCGGAGAGAGCACAUGAUGGAAGUUUCAUUUUGGAUGAUCUCAUUGGAUACCGUCCUCAUGCAUUCAGCAUCAUCAACGACAAAUCCUCUGAGUUUUGCCAGGCGUGGAACAGAGAAGGCGUGCUGUACGAGAUGCCACCAAAGGAUGUUCUUGUGCUUCAGUCUGAAAAGUAUCUUUGUUUUACCCCUAAACACGCGGUCCAACAUGCAGCUCCAGCAUUGAACCUUCCUUUCAUUGAGCUACACACUAUCCCCAAGGACGUCUGGGAUCGCGAAAUCAUCCUUGACAAUCGCCAGGCCACUCUAGCAAAGUUAGAAGGAAAAACGGUGGGAGAGCUACGCCGCAAAGACGGUCGACGCCGCUUAAUCGACCUGGUCCGAGAAAGAAAGUGUAUAUGCCGGUCGGCCUGUAUCUGCGCUCAUGAGUGCACUUUAGACGUCGAGUGUCAUUGCCCCUGCUCUGAGCGGAUGUUGAGCCUUAUGGUCGCGAAACGCAGAAACAGUGUCGGGCCUCUUCCAUUCGGUUCCCGAUGCAGUGCCCUUGCCAAAUCGACCUUUCAGGGUAUAGCAUCCGUUCGGCCCGACGUGGAUGAUAUGGAGCUUUCCGUGGAGGUGGAUAGGGCUAUCAUUCUCCUCUGUGAAGAGAUCCGCAAGCAGCGGGUUGGGGAUAAGCCGGUUACGGGAGUAUCGGAGUGUAGGGACAAGCGGCUCGGAGUGGGUGUGUUUUCCGUGGGGCCGCCAUCAGUCGAUUACAAUCAUACGGGUGAGAUUGAGUCAGACCGUGGUGUUGCAUCCACGAUCAGGAUCCGUGCUUCACACAGAGCCAUCAAACAAUACCUUUUUCUUGCGGGCAUGGUGCCUAGGAUCCCUGGGACCCCCUCCGCAGUAUCCCCGUCCUCCUCGUCGCUGUCGCGGGCGUCAGCCUCAUCCUCACUCCCACUCCACACACGGUGGACCAGGGCCCCCAAGAAGACCCUGGUGCGGCGCUACCAUCGCGCCGUUUGGCCUUCCUACGGGAUCACCACCCCCGUCCCCGACCGUUGCCCGCAGUUGCCCGUCCUUAGAUCGCCCUUCUACUUUCAAACGGGCUACGCGCUGUGCGCCAAACGGACCCCGCGGCCCUUUCCACCGCCGUUCUUGUCUCCGCCAUCCUCGUCAUUCUCGGACCCGUUGACAACACACUAUCACAGCCAGGAUAAGAGAUUAUCCGUCAGAGGGGAGCUCGUUCGGGGUCUGAACAACGGCGAUGACGCGGUGCUGGUUACGGAGAAUUUGCUGGGGGUGAACGACGGGGUAGGAGCGUGGGCGACGAAGCCGAGAGGUCACGCAGCACUGUGGUCUAGGCUUAUACUCCAUUUCUGGGCCCUGGAAAUCGAGCGAAUAUCCAAUCCAGAAGCCACGGUUGACCCUAUCGCGUACCUCCAGCAAGCCUACGAAGAAACGAUAGAAGCUACAGCGGCCCCGAGCGAAUGGUUUGGGACGACGACGUCGGUAACGGCCCUCCUGCACAAAAAGUUAAGCGGCGACGGCACGGAGAAGCCUUUAUUAUACGUGACGAAUAUAGGCGACUGCAAGGUCCUGGUAAUCCGGCCCAUCGAACAAAAGGUCAUUUUCCGAACCCAGGAGCAAUGGCACUGGUUCGAUUGUCCGAUGCAGCUGGGGACGAAUAGCGUGGAUACACCGCGCGAGAACGCCGCGCUGUCGCUGGUCGAUCUGCAUGAAGAGGAUAUUGUUCUCGCGCUCUCGGAUGGGGUCCUUGAUAACCUCUGGGAACAUGAAAUUCUAUCUAUCACCCUCGAGGGUCUCAAGAAGUGGGACCACGGACGGUACGACGAUAAGGAGCUUGACUGGGCGCCGCCAGCUGUACUUGCGGAGGAAAAAAUGGUAUUCUUGGCUCGGGAAUUACUGAAAGCCGCGCUGGCGGUGGCCCAAGAUCCAUUUGCUGAGAGUCCUUACAUGGAGAAGGCGGUCGAAGAAGGCUUAGCCAUCCAGGGUGGGAAAAUGGACGAUAUCAGUGUGGUUGUUGGCUCCUGCAAGAGGAGACAGCGCGAAACACACCUGGACUCGACGGAGCCACUCAACAACAUCAAAUCAACGAAACAGUCGAAAACAGCCAAAAUGAGGGCCAAGCGAUCCAAGAAAUACCGCAAGCUUAUGCAUCAAUAUGAGCUGGCUUUCGGUUUCCGUGAGCCGUAUCAAGUGCUCGUUGACUCGAAUUUACUUCGCGCAGUACAUUCGUUCAAAAUGGAUUUAAUACCCGCUUUGGAGAGAACACUACAGGGACAAGUCAAGCCAUUAUUAACGAAAUGCUCCCUCGCAUCAAUAAUGGCUGGCCAGCCUACGAACCCACGGACCAACAAUACUGUCCGCCCAGAGUUCCUCCCCCCACCAACGACCCUCCCGCUCCGGCAUUGCUCGCAUAACGAAGACUCCUCACCCAUCGAUGAAGCAAGCUGCCUCCUCUCCCUCCUCUCGCCUCUGUCAGAUGUCAAGCGGAACAAAGAGCAUUACACCCUCGCCACAGCUGACCCUCCAGCGCCGAAGUCGAAUUCGACACAACAAGAUGCGGGGAAGAAGCGCAAACGGGAUGGAGACGAGGCAUUCCAGGCUUUGAAACGUGCCCAGGGUCUUCGGCGCGGCGCGCGCUCGAUCCCAGGUGUGCCGAUUGUAUAUGUGAAGCGAUCUGUGAUGAUUCUGGAGCCGAUGAGUGCGCCGUCUGAGGGUAUCAGAGAGGGGGUGGAGCAGGAUAAGUUCCGGGUUGGGCUGAAUAACCCUGAGGCGCGGACUAGUCAGGGAAGUGGAGAAAAGAAGAAGAAGAGGGAGUUGAAGAAGGUUAAGGGCCCGAACCCAUUGAGUGUAAAGAAGCCGAAGAAGAGGGCGGAGGACCGGCCUAGCUCAAAGGGGGAGAGGACAGGCGAUGAGGGAGAGAAGCGAGAUGAUUCUGAUAAGCUCGCGGAGGACGGGGAGGCUGCGCCGAAGGCGAAAAGGAGACGGCGGCAUCAUAAGGGUCCAAGACAGGGUGAAACUGGUGAAGACGGAGACGAGGGGGUGGCUACGGCUUUGGUUGAAUCCGGCGAUGACUAG